CACAGGUCCAUUUUCAAUAGUCCCAUAACUCCAUAUUGUCAAUACACGCCUUGUCGCAUCAAAGCAUAAAAAGGCGGGAGAUCAAAAACUCAUCUAGAAAUCAAAUCAAUGCGAAAAUUCACCUGAAGGAAGAAGAGCAGAAAAAUGGCAGAUCCUACACCGCUGGAUUUAGAUGAACUUCGGAGUCGAAUUAAAGAACUAGCUGAAAGUCGAACUAAUUUUCACGAAGACGAGAAUUUGAUUACUUCAGACGAGGACGAGUUGCUCAGGGAAUGUGUUUUCCAGCUUGGGGGGAAAGUUAAUGAAAUUAUCGAAGAAUACUCGGAUGUCAGUUCAUUAGAAGCUGAAGAUUUGGAUGCAUAUGUGGAGAAUUUGAAAGGGGAGCUUUGCUCAAUGGAGGCUGAAAAUGCUGAACUUUCUGCUGAAAUUGAGAAUCUUAUGAAGGGAUCUUUUGAAGAUUCUAUCCGUUUGCAAAACAACAUUGAAGGACUGAAUUCAACUAUGGAGUUUAUUCAGUCACAGGGUCUUGAAACAAAAAGAGCAGAUGCUGUUCUUGAAUGCUCUUUGCUGGAAGAACAUCAACCAGAAGCCAUAGAUGCAGAUGGUGGUUGCAAGUUUAAGCUUUUAGAGUUGAAUAGUCAAAUUGAGAAGAAAAGAGGAAUGUUGAAGUCUCUAGAAGAUCUUGACUACACUCUCAAAAGGUGUGAAGAUGUUUUAAAGAUUGAAGACUUAUUGACUGGACUUAAAGUCAUUGAAUAUGAAGGGAAUCGAAUUAAUUUGUCUUUAAGAACAUACAUACCUGAAACAGAAAUGGCUGAACAGAUUCAUGAGUUAUCUAUAGAGUUUCUGGAUGCCACAUUGGAACUCAAGAAUGCUGAGAUUUUCCCAAAUGAUGUCUAUAUUGGUGAAAUUAUUGACACUGCUAAAUCAUUUGCACACCAAUUUUCUCUUGUUCCAAUCUUUGAGAACAAAACCAGCUUGGAGUGGUUUGUGCGAAGAGUGCAGGACAGAAUUAUUUUAAACACAUUAAGGAAAUCUUUGGUCAAAGAUGCAAACAAGUCAAGGCAUUCAAUUGAGUACAUAGAUAGAGAUGAGAUGAUAAUUGGUCAUAUGGUGGAUGGAGUUGAUGCUUUUAUAAAGCCAUCUCAAGGCUGGCCAAUGACUACUUCUCCAUUGAAGCUUCUUUCUUUGAAAGGUUCAACUCAAUCUUCCAAGGAGGUUACUUUUAGCUUUCUUUGCAAAGUUGAGGAAAUGGUGAAUUCGUUGGAUGUGAAAGUAUGCCAGAAUCUUUCUACAUUUAUGGAUGCAAUUGAAGAAAUUCUCAAGCAAAGAAUGCGUAUACAACUCCAAUCUGAAUCUGGUAGUAGCAUCAACAACUGAGUUUUUCCUCUAUUUUGGGUCUUGUCUUGUUACUUCCAUCAGUUUGAUGUAUGUUAGUUACUUCAUGUGUAAAAUUAUGUUAGUGAAAAAUUAUUCACUACAUGCAUAUUUAUUUAAGAGUCACAAAAAC